GUUAGGUUUUGCUUAGUCAGAAGGCUCAAGUACAAUAUUUAUAACUGUGUCUUCUUCCCGCCUUGAUAUUUUAGAUGGUAUGUGUAUAUACACCAAAAGUUAAGAUCAACCCAUUUUCACUCAUAGUUUAGCAACAAUCAACCCAGGAUGGCCGACGGAAAUAUCGACACUAGCUUCCAAGAAGCCAUCGAUGCUGGCAAGAUCCACGGCGCUAUAUUAUGCGCCACGGAUGCUGAGGGCAAAUUCACCUUCGAAAAGACAAUCGGCGAGCGUACCUUAUUAUCCGGCGAGAAAGUUGCUUACAAGCUUGACGACUUCCUGUACCUUGCUUCGGCCACCAAGCUAAUCACUGCGAUCGCCGCGCUACAAUGCGUCGAAGACGGGCUCCUAUCAUUGACAGGCGACCUCUCGGCCGUCGCGCCUGAGCUUGCCGAAAAGCAGGUCCUCACGGGAUUCUCCGAGGACGGCGAGACGCCCAUCCUCGAGCCACAAGCCCGCCCCAUCACCCUCGAGAUGCUCCUAACCCACAGCUCGGGGCUCGUGUACCACUUCCUCAACCCGCUCAUCAACCAGUGGCGCGAGAAGGCGCGCAAGGAUCAGAACGCCGCGGGCCAGAGCGGCAAGCGGACCAUCGAGGAGCUGUUCGACUACCCGCUCGCCUUCCAGCCCGGCUCCGCCUGGCUGUACGGGCCCGGGCUCGACUGGGCCGGGCGCAUCGUCGAGCGCGUCACGGGCCAGCGGCUGCUAGACCGGAUGCGCGCGCGCAUCUUCGAGCCCCUGGGGAUCGCGGACGCCGAGUUCUACCCCGUCGUCCGCGCGGACCUGCGCGCGCGCAUGCCCGACCUGAACCCCGCGGACCCGGACGCCGUCGGGCUCGCGGUGCUCGGCGGCAACGGCGACAUGAACAGGCACACGCGGGGGGACUUCGGCGGGCACGGGCUAUUCAUGACGGCGCCGGGCUACCUGCGGGUGCUGCGGUCGCUGCUGGCCAACGACGGCCGGAUACUCCAGCCGGCGACGGUCGACGGCAUGUUCGAGCACCGGCUCACGGCCGAAGCGACCGCGAGCCAUCGCGCGCGCCUGGCGGGGCCCAUGGGGCUGUUCUUCCGCGUCGGCACGGCGGUGGACGCGCGGUCGGGGCACGGGCUGGGGGGCCUGCUCACGCUGCAGGACGUGGCGGGGUGGUACGGCGAGCGCACGCUGAGCUGGGGCGGCGGGCUGACGUUUACCUGGUUCGUCGAUCGGCAGAAUGACUUGUGCGGCGUCGGCGCUGUUCAGGCUUUGACGACCCGGGACGAGGACACGGCUGAGGGGCUGAAGGAUACUUUCCGCCACGACAUUUACCGCAAACGGGAGGGUUGGAAGAAAGCGCAGUCUGCGUGAUAGGAAUUGUUUUCGUCUAACCUACCUAAGGUAGUGGGUUAUAUAUAUGGUCAGGGUAUAGUAAACCGUGUGUCAGGUGUGUUCGUGAGGUAGCUGGCGUAUUAUCGAUUACCCCUGACUCUGUUCGGGAGUAAUUGUGAACUCGAUUCAUGUAAGCAAUGUAAUAUAAGUCCUGGGUAUAAUUGUAUCUGACAACGUCAAUUCGUAGCUUUGAUGCCUAUUCG